GCCAUGCUCAUGCGGGACCAAAGCCCUCCUGGGCGGGAGCGGCUUGGCCAGGGGCACUCGCACUUCAUCUCGCCCCGUCCUGGUCCUCUGGCCGCCUUCCAGACAGAGCAGACGAUGGAAGCCGUCUUCAAGCAGCUCGGCGUGAUCGCCUCGGCUUCGUGGGGUGUGGCCAAACGCAUCAUGCCCGCUCGUCUGACCUCGCUCGCCGAGACCUCCGAGACAUAUGCCUUGGCCUUUGUCGAAACGGGCCAGGUCCUGGCAUCGCGCUAUCCGGUUCUGAAGUUCUUCAUGUCGACGCUGCUGGCCCUGCUGGCUGUUCCUCUUGCGGUCUACGCCAUUGCCAUAGUGCUCCUGUUUGUUUGCGUGGUUGUUGCGGCCGUGGUAGUCGUUGCCAUCUUCAGUCUGCUUGGGGCGGCAUUCCUCGGUCCAGCCUUCAUGCUCUCGACAUGUGGGGCCAUUGGUAUCUCGAUGCUCUACGCAGUGGCAUUCAACUUUCGUCAGAUCGAGGGCAAGAAUCAGCCAAAGUCCAAACCCGAACGUCGCUCAGCAGCAGCGGUGACCGAGUGAGAACGCGGCCCAAUCGAUUCAAGUGGUUUCGGCAGAAGCGAGCGGCGAUGGGAAAAUGCAACGGUCUUUGAUUUCUCUGCCUCUCGGGUCUCGGCGAUGAGCUGCUCUUCCGGCAAUGCGUCCGGUGCACAGCAGGUUUCAAUGUGUUGCUUCCAAGAGACUUGCCCGAUACAAUGUUGUACCUAAGCACGUUCGCAUACUGAAAUGGAGCCAUUUGAGGUUGGCGGUCCAUCUAUCGCUGGGCUCCGAUCACAUACAUUCCGAUCCCGCAGGCUGGCCGUCCUCCGCUCGUGC